ACUUGUCCAUUAUUAAUCUCUUUGAACCAUGUGAACAGCGAACAACAUGAUGAGAGUUUUAAAGAUAAACUCAUUUGUACUUAAACAUCUAUACCGAACAAAGAGAGAACAACAGAAACAGAACAACAAUGGCAAAAUUAAAUCGUUCCAACAUUGGUCUCUCACUGUUACUAUCUUUGUUCCUCGCAAACUUUAUCAUCCAUCUUGAAGCUUCUCAUCAAGAUCUCAACCAACCGUACCGAACCGGUUAUCACUUUCAACCUCCCCGAAAUUGGAUGAACGAUCCUAAUGGACCAAUGAUAUACAAAGGAAUAUACCAUCUUUUUUACCAAUAUAAUCCAUACGGUGCCGUUUGGGAUGUAAGAAUCGUAUGGGGACACUCUACAUCAGUUGACUUAGUCAACUGGAUUUCACAACCUCCAGCUUUUAAUCCAUCUCAGCCGUCAGAUACCAACGGCUGUUGGUCAGGCUCCGUCACGAUUCUACCAAACGGCAAACCUGUGAUCCUCUACACCGGCAUUGACCAAAACAAAAGUCAAGUCCAAAACGUCGCCGUUCCGGUUAAUGUUUCCGAUCCUUAUCUCCGAGAAUGGUCAAAACCGCCGCGAAAUCCUCUUAUGACACCUAACGCGGUUAACGGAAUUAACCCGGACCGGUUCCGAGAUCCGACCACCGCGUGGCUUGGACGUGACGGUGAAUGGCGAGUGAUCGUCGGAAGCUCCACGGACGAUCGUCGAGGGUUAGCCAUUCUUUACAACAGCAAAGAUUUCUUCAAUUGGACGCAAUCGACGAAGCCUUUGCAUUACGAAGACUUAACCGGAAUGUGGGAAUGUCCUGAUUUUUUCCCUGUUUCGAUAACCGGAUCAGACGGUGUUGAAACGUCGUCGUUUAGUGAGAAUGGGAUUAAGCAUGUGCUUAAAGUGAGUUUGAUUGAGACAUUGCAUGAUUAUUACACGAUUGGGAGUUAUGAUCGUGAGAAAGAUGUUUACGUACCAGACCUUGGGUUUGUGCAAAACGGAUCGGCUCCGAGGUUAGAUUACGGGAAAUAUUACGCAUCGAAAACGUUUUACGAUGAUGUUAAGAAACGAAGAAUCUUGUGGGGUUGGGUUAAUGAAUCGUCCCCAGCUAAAGAUGAUAUUAAGAAGGGUUGGUCUGGUCUUCAGUCAUUUCCGAGGAAAAUAUGGCUCGAUGAAUCGGGAAAGCAAUUGCUGCAAUGGCCUAUUGAAGAGAUUGAGACGUUGCGUGGGACACAAGUCAACUGGCACAAGAAAGUUCUCAAAGCAGGAUCUACUCUCCAAGUUCAUGGUGUCACUGCUGCACAGGCAGAUGUUGAGGUAUCGUUCAAGGUGAAGGAAUUGGAAAAAGCGGAUGUGAUUGAACCGAGUUGGACUGACCCACAAAAGAUAUGUAGUGAGGGAGAUUUUUCGGUUAACUCCGGUUUAGGACCAUUUGGUUUGAUGGUUUUGGCAUCCAAAGACAUGGAAGAGUACACGUCCGUUUACUUCAGAAUAUUCAAGUCAAAUGAUGAUACUAAUAAGAAUAAUAAGUACGUGGUGUUGAUGUGCAGUGACCAAAGCAGAUCAUCGUUGAACGAGGAAAAUGAUAAAUCAACGUUUGGUGCUUUUGUGGCGAUAGACCCUUCUCACCAAACAGUUUCUCUUAGGACUUUGAUUGAUCACUCAAUAGUGGAGAGUUAUGGUGGAGGAGGCGGAACUUGUAUAACCUCAAGAGUGUAUCCAAAAUUGGCAAUUGGAGAAAAUGCAAAUCUUUUUGCCUUCAACAAAGGAACUCAAAGUGUUGACGUCUUGAGCUUAAGUGCCUGGAGCUUGAAGUCUGCUCAAAUCAAUGACGAGUCAAUGUCACCAUUUAUUGAGCGUGAAGAUUCACACUCACCUAAUCAGUCUUGAGUGGAAAAUAUUUUACAUUGUACGGGAAAGCAAAAUAAAUAAAAGACCAUAACAUAUUAUAUGAAGAUAUUAACAUUCAUGAAAUUUUUUACUUCUCAAUUCAAAAUUUGAAGACAUUUUAGUUU